AUGGUGGAGGACACUUUGAAGGUUUUCAUGGAUGCUUUUUCGGUGGCAGGUGAUACUUUUGAUGACUGUAUUCUAAAUUUUAGCAGGGCCCUACACAAAUGCGAGGAGGCCAACCUAGUUCUAAACUGGGAGAAGUGUCAUUUCAUGGUCAAGGAAGGCAUAGUCCUUGGGCACAAGGUCUCACAAAAAGGCAUAGAGGUUGACAAGACCAAAAUUGAGGUGAUUGAAAAGUUGCCUCUACCUAUUUGUGUGAAGGGUGUUCAGAGUUUCUUAGGACAUGCCGAAUUUUAUAGGCGUUUCAUCAAGGACUUCUCCAAAAUUGCACACACCAUGUAUUGGGCUGAGCCAUUAGAGGUAAUGUGUGAUGCAAGUGGUACUACUUUAAGAGUAGUGUUGGGGAAAAAGUGCAACAAGAUGUUCCCUCCAAAUUACUAUUCUACUUUGAGGUACCUGAUGGCAGAGAAAGAUGCCAAGCCAAGGUUAAUCAGAUUGGCAUUACUUCUUCAGGAGUUUGAUUUUGAAGUUAAGGAUAUGAGAGGUUGUGAGAAUCAGGUAGCUGAUCACCAGUCUAGGUUGGAGGCUGAAAGGAAAGAAGAAUGUGAACUAGAAAUCAAUAAUGCAUUCCCAAAUGAGCAGGUAUUGGCUGCAACUCUUGAUCUUAUUCCUUGGUUUGUUGAUUUUGCGAACUUUCUUGUUAGUGGUUUGAUGCCGGAGGUGCUGACAUUUCAACAAAGGAAGAGGUUCCUGCAUGAUGUGGGUAUGUAUUUUUUGGAUAAAUAUUAUAUGUACAGGAAGUACACAUUGGUUGCAAUGGACUAUGUUUCCAAAUGGGUUAAGGCAGUUGAUUUACUUGAGAAUGGUGGCAAGAGUGUUGCUGGUUUUCUAAAGAAGAAUAUCUCAAGGUUCGGCACAUCCAAAGCUAUCAUUAGUGAUGGUGGUUCCCAUUUCUGCAACAAGGUUUCAGUGCACUUUUGA